UCUUGACUGUGAGGCUCGUUGAAGUUACUUACAUUGAUUUAUCGUCGUCCACUCACUGAAUAGAUCAUUUUAUUUAUGCAGAUAUAAAAAGAACACGAGGGAUCCUACACUUGGUAGACAGUUAAAGCAAAUCUGAAGCUUUCAGAACCAAAUAAUUACUGGGUAUUGGCAACAUCUGGAAUAUGGAGUGGGUGUUUUGGGGUUUGGCGGCUGUUUGUGCUGGUUUAGUUUGGUUUCUGCUCAAGAUUGCAACAACGAUAUGGUGGAAGCCUCUGCAACUGAAAAAGUACUUUGAAGCCCAAGGAAUCAGGGGCCCUCCAUACAGACUAUUCUAUGGGAAUUCUACAGAUAUAACCAGAAUAAUCGAUGAGCAGAAAUCCAAACCCAUGCCACUCUCACAUGACAUACUCCCUCGAGUUCUUCCCCAUUUACAUCAGUGGGCCAAAACCUACGGUCAGGAUUUUAUUUUCUGGUUUGGGCCGAAUCCCAGGUUGGUUGUUCCCCACCCUGAGCUUAUUAGGGAGAUAUUGUCCACUAAAUUUGGCAACUAUCCAAAGCCUCCAGAUAAUCCCCUUUCAAGGCAACUGGUUGGACAGGGACUUGUGGGGUUGAAAGGUGAGAAAUGGGCUCAGCACAGAAGAAUCAUCAAUCCUGCUUUCCAUAUGGAUCUGUUGAAGGGUAUGAUUCCAACAAUUGUGAAAAGCAGUGGCAAUAUGCUGGAUAAAUGGAGUAAAUCGGUACAGUCAGGUGCAUCAGAAAUUGAAGUGCUGGGGGAGUUUCGUGAUCUCACAGCAGAUGUUAUUGCGAGCACAGCAUUUGGCAGCAGUUUUUCAGAGGGAAAGCAUAUCUUUGAUAUGCAGGUCAAGCAGAUGAUUCUUACAUCUGAACUAUUUCGCACUGUUUAUAUUCCAGGUUUCAGGUUUCUGCCCACUACAAAGAAUAGGCAACGUUGGAACUUGGAGAAAGAAAUAAGAUCAUCCUUAAGACAAGUUAUAGAUGCCAGGGAAAAGACUGCUGGGAUUGAAAAAACAGGUAGCUAUGGUGCGGAUCUGCUUGGUUUUAUGAUGUCUCAGAACAGGGAGCAGGUGGGAGUCAAUGUAAAACGUAAUGCGAGCCUGAGUACAGAGGAAAUCAUUGAUGAAUGUAAGACUUUCUACUUUGCCGGCCAUGAAACGACCUCAGUCCUCUUGACAUGGGCUAUAAUAUUGCUGGGCAUACAUCAAGAUUGGCAAGAGAGAGGUCGCAGAGAGGUACUGGAAAUAUGUGGGAGAAACAAUUAUCCAGAUGCAGGCAGCUUAAGCCGCCUCAAAAUUGUGGGAAUGAUCAUAAAUGAGGCCUUGAGACUUUAUCCACCUGCAGUGUUCCUCUUGCGACAGGCAUGUGAGCCAAUGAAACUUGGAAGGCUAUCAAUUCCUGCAGGCACCCAACUUGUGCUUCCGAUCCUUGCAAUCCACCAUGAUCCUGCUUUGUGGGGAAAUAAUGCCAAUGAUUUUGACCCAGGGCGAUUUAGCGAAGGAAUUGCGAAGGCUACAAAACAUCCAAUGGCAUUCAUGCCCUUUGGAUUAGGUCCAACAAUCUGUGUGGGUCAGAAUUUUGCCUUGUUGGAAGCAAAAUUAGUGCUGGCUAUGAUUCUACAAAAGUUUUCUUUUGUCACUUCACCUUCUUAUACUCAUGCUCCUUUGCAAUUUCUCACUCUACGACCUCAAUACGGAGCUCAGGUUAUCUUCCACGUAGACUAAAGUUUGAGAACAGUAUUGCCUAGAAACUCCUCUAUUAUUGAAAUUUUAAGUGUCGUUUCAAUAUGUUACAGUAUUUAUCGAUCUCGAAUAGCAUCUCAAAUCAGAAGUCCUGGGAAAAAUCACGAGCUCUCGACAUGUUGUAAUACUGUUUCCUAAUUUAUGGAACGGAAAGGGGUAAUAUGAAAUCCUAUAGACCUUUGAAUUAUAAACCCAAAUGCCAUGGACUGUGAUUAAUUUGUUUUAUAGACAAAUAAGUUAUAGUUGAUUUUGCUAUUUA